ACCAAACACCUGCGGUGGAUCUCGUUGGCUCCUUGUCUUCUGCUUGUUCUAUGUAUCCCCCUCAUACAUACACAUCAGACUCCCAUAAAUACCUGUCGCUUUGGGUCUGAUUUACAUCCGUCUAUCCCACUCCCCGGCUCGCUUACCGUCCUCUUGCCCCUUUUCGAUGCGACAGUCUUCGUACUGCGACUCCGCUUUACACCUCCUGCAACCUCGCUGACACUGAUGUAUCUCCCUUUCGUACGCCAGAUCGUCCCACGAACAUUGGUCUAAGCUUGCGGAGCUUCUCCCUUCCCUCUGAAGCACGGAUAACUGGCUCUGUCUAUAAAACGCAAACUCCUUCAUCCCGAGGCCUUUCUGGUUAAGCGGUAGCCACCCGAGGAUUUCUUGGUUUUGCCCUUGGUCCUACUUGUACAGCACUCGCACUGGUUCUUGACAACCAGCACGGAAACAGUAGCACCCCACAACCACACAUUCCUUAAAGUUUUUCGUCUCCCCUCCGACGCCUUACCAUAAAAACUAUCCCCAAACGACCGAUGGAUGAUGAUUGUGUCAUCACCAACUUACACAAAUUAUCCCUAGCUGCUAUGUACCACUUCAGUCAGGCCGGCAUCGCUCAGGAUUUCUGAGCUCGAGCUCCUCUUCCUUGUCAUUGGUUCGAACACCUAUCACUUUGAUUAACUUAUAUAUACAACCCCUUGAGCCCUUGAGAGGGUCAACAUUGGCGCAAUCCUUCGGGCUGGCUCCUGCUGGCUAUCUACAAACACUGAUUGGUCGGACUCGAACCUUGGCGUUCGCUGCUUAUUACUGUUUGCUCGUGAUAAUCCCGCACAUCCGAAGACAUACAGACAUUAUUAUUGACACAUAUCUCCACGAGAACAGUUGUUGGGCUCACGGUUGAACUCUGGAGCUUACAAAAUCCCAUAUAGUAGUAGCCAGACUGCACUACCCACCGUAGCAAUCCUCAGUUACAAAAAUCCCUACGGAUUAGAAGAAUCUAGCUAGCUGGUUUUUUUUUUCUUCUUCCAUUUCUUCUACUGCGAUACCAAGGCAUUCGCAGCUUCCAAGCAAAAGAACAUCAUAGGAUGUCAUAUGGCCGACCAUCACCUCGCCCAGGCGAGCUAUACAACCGAUACGGACCUCCCAGGCCACCACCACCACCAAUGGGCAACGCCUAUGGCUACUCGAGAAGUGAGGCAGGUGGGACCAGGCCGGGCCGACCACCUCAACGAUACCCAGCGGCUGAGCCCUACUACGGGGGUGCAAGUUCACGCCCACCUCAGCGUGCAGCUGACUACGCUGGCUCAUCCUAUCAGGAUUAUGGACCACCACCACGACCAUCUGGAAGACGGUAUAAUAACCAGGCCUCUCGAGGCCGGCACGAUCUAGAAUCGGAUUAUCAUUCAUCCUUCUCAAGGCCUAGCGCCAUGACUGACGACAGAACUUCCGGUUUUCGAAAGGCCCCAGUCUCCGCCACUCGACGUCCUAGUGAUGCUCGAGACAAUUAUCAGCAGCAGUACUCAGGCUACAGCGACGGGCCAUCCAGACGUGGCAACCGUCCGAUCUCACCAGAAGAUUACUAUUCCGACGGAGAGGCGGCCGAUGGAGCCCAGCCUCAUCCUCAUGGCUCCACAGAGCCGGCCGAAGGUUCUUGGAGCUGGAACAAUCUCAAAAAGACUGUCUGGGGUAAUUCGACGACAGAUGCUAGUCAACCUAGAGAAAUGUCCCCACCUCCACCAAAAGAUCUAGCUCCUGGUGAUCAUCGCCAUCAAGAAAAUCAAAACACCAUCUGGGCCAAGCUUGCCACCGUUGGUGCUACGUUCCAAAAGAAACUGAAUAAUGAUGAAGGUUACGCAAGCGAUGCCUCGGAUUAUGAAGGAGAAAGUCAUCUGAUCAGGAUUAUGAAGAAACAUCACAUAGAGAAUGCCGAAUCGAUGUACGAUUUACCGGACUGGCUGUUCAGCCCAGCCGAGCUGAGGGAAGCGCAAUCUCGACUGAAGGAUUCGCAGUACACGAACCACUCGAGCCAGCGAGCGGAGGAGCGGUACGAGAGUCAAGGGGAGCCCGUGCCCCAGCGGACGGGCGGCCGGGGAGGGCUGGACGACAUCUUUGCGGCAGUCGACGAGGGUCGGGGCGGGCAUGCCCGCCACGAUUCCGGGUCGACCAAGCACUCGCAGGACUCGGGAUACGCGAGCGCCGAGCCGCCCCGACGGCGGCGCGGACGGUAUGAGGAGCAAGCCGAGUAUGCCCCUGCUAAGGCCCCGCCGGGCAGGAACCGUCUCGAGCAGCAGAUGGCCUAUAAUCGUCAACCGUCCUCCCAAGCCGCCCAGCGCGCUUACAAUCCCUCUCACUAUGACGACCGGCCCCGUCAGUAUCUCGACCCACGCAGGUACGAGGGAUCAGCUAGAAAACCUGCUCCGGCUCCUCAAAGAGUCGUCGCUCCACCAACAACGGUCGAUUACUUUCCCCCCUCCGGCCAAAACGAAAGAUAUCCUACCCCUUCUUCUAGUAAGGCUAAAUCCCCCUCAUAUGCCUCCUCGUCUAACACCGCAAGACGGUAUGUUAGAUAGCUAUCAUAUACUUUUAAUCCCCUCUUCUGUGCUUUUUUUGUUCUUUGGCGAGACGGUGCUUGAAACAUCUUCCCCCCCUGUUGACUCCUCAUCUGCGUUUUUUUUUCUCUGCGGUUUUUUCUUUCUUGUGAUGAGGAUCUUUGUUUUUCUUUGCUUGUUCAUGUUUUAUUUUUGUUUAAUUUUUUUUUUUUUUUUACUCUGUUGUGUAGAAGAAAACAAGAAAUGAUGAUGAACAAGAAGAGAGAAGUCAUGAAUACACUUUUUUUUU